AUGCCCCUGCUUGGUGGAGCCGAUUGGGAAAGCCUUGCACAUCUAUCUCAUCCAAAAGCCUCCACUGUGGACCAGUUGAAGAUAUUCUGGCGCAGUGCUCCAGAGCUCUGUGUCCAUUUUGGGCCAGCAAUUACCUGGAGAGCCCACAAUAGAGUCGCAUCCACAUCGUGGCUUGAGCAAUCGGUGCUCCAUUAUGCCGCCUCAAGAAGUAUGAGAAGCCAGAAAUAUAUCACGUCGGAUAAGGGCCAGAAAUCUAGCAAUACGGGAAGAAAGAUGCGGCUGUACACUGAUAGUGGUAUUCCUCUUCUCUUAUGCUCGUAG